AUGGCACUUGAUAAAACUUCAAUUAGUUCUAUAACUUCAUCUGAUCCUAUGUCCAAACCAGCUAGACUACAAGUAAAUCCCGAUGAUAUAUCCGAUUCAAAUAAACCUCAACAAGUAGGAUCUCAACAAUUCAAUAUAUGGUGGACAAAUUGGUCCAAAAAUGAUAAUAAUCAAGCAAAGACAAAACUGAAAUAUAGAGUUAAUUUGUCUAAUGAUGAAGGUUAUACGAAAGCAAGUAAAGGAUCUCCAAUUUGUUUAUUUUUCAGUCAAGGAUGUUGUUAUUUAGGUUCAAAAUGUAAUUAUUUCCAUCGUCUACCUAAUGAUUCAGAUGAUUUUAAACAAACUCAAGAUUGUUUUGGUAGAGAUAAAACUGCAAAUUAUAGAGAUGAUAUGGAUGGAGUAGGUUCAUUUAAUAAAAAAAAUUGUACACUAUAUGUUGGAGGAUUUCAUAUGAGACCAAAUAUUGAAAAUUUAUUAAAGAAGAAUUUUGAAGAAUUUGGUAAUAUCAUUAAAAUUCGUGUUUUAAAAAAUAAGAAUUGUGCAUUUAUAACUAUGGAAAAUGAAAAUAGAGCUCAAUUUGCUAAAGAAGCAAUGCAAAAACAAUGUUUACAAGAAGGAAGUAAAGAAGUAUUAUUUGUACGAUGGGCAAGUGAAGAUAAAAACCCAGAAGUUCAACAGCAAGAAAAGCGAAGAAUGGAAGAAUUGGCAAUGGAUACCGUUCGACAAUUAUUACAAGAUCAAGAUAAUAAUAAUAGCAAUAAAAAACGUAAAAUAGAUUCUUCGGUAACUAAAGAAGUUGAAAUUGAAGUUGUUGAAUUGAAUAAAGAACAAAAAGAAGUAAAUAAUGGAGAUCAUUCGAAUAGUAAUGUUAGUACUCGGAAUUCCACAUUGAAUGAUUAUUCUACGUCAUCUAAACAAGGAAAUGGUAUAAUACGUAAAUCUACAUUAAAACAAGUUGCCAAAUUUAGAAAACUGUUGAUGUUUAAAAGAAAUGAACCUCAUUUAGAAAGUGUUUUAGGUAACUAUUCUAGUGAUGAAGAUGAUGAAUGA